AUGCGAGUGUCGUGGGCCCAGGUGUUUGCCCUCAGCUCCCUUGUGGGAUCGAGUCAGGGCAGUACCGUGCGAUCGCGAAAUGCAUCGCAGGUGCAUCCGUUUCACGUCGACCUGUCGGCGAAGGUGCCGCGCAUGCUGGAGCGAAUCCGCAGCACGAAGCUGCCCGCGCAGCCGGUGUACGUCAACACCGGAAAUGCGCAGGGAAUCACGUUGCACGACCUGAAGUCAUUCCAGCAGGAAUGGCUCACGGACUUUGACUGGAAAAGCGAGCAGAAGAAUAUCAACAAAUUCAACCAGUACACCACCACCAUCGAAGACCUGACCAUCCACUUCGUCCACGAGAAGUCCAAUAGCUCCGACGCCAUCCCGCUGCUGCUGCUACACGGCUGGCCCGGCUCCUUCCUGGAGUUCGCCCCCAUCAUCGACGAACUGACCGCGCAGGCGACGACCGCCACGGGCAAGAAAGUCGCCUUCGACGUGAUCGUGCCCUCCCUGCCCGGGUUCGCCUUCUCCUCGGUACCCCCCGUGAACUGGACCAUCGCCGACACAGCGCGGGUCUUCAAUACCCUGCUCACCCAAGUCCUGCACUACGAGACCUACGCGGUCUUUGGGACGGACUGGGGCGCCGGCAUCGCCUACAACCUGUACGACCAGUACAACUCGACCGUCCGCGCAGGUCACCUGGCUUUCCUGCCGUUCUUCCCGCUGACCCCGGAGGCACUGGCGGCGCAGAACAUCACGCUGUCCUCGCUGGAGGCCUUCGAGGAGGCCGAGACGAUGGAGUGGAGUAACACCGGGGAGGGUUACUUCAACGAGCAGACCACCAAGCCCAACACAAUCGGCCUCGCCCUCCAAGACAACCCGGUCGGCCAGCUCGCCUGGAUUGGCGAGAAAUUCCUGAACUGGUCCGACCCCAACGCCGGAACCAGCCCCUCGGUGCUCACCCACAACGAGAUCCUGCGGCACGUCUCGCUCUACUGUCUGACCGAAACCUUCGCCUCGUCCGUGGUCAUUUACGCGCAGAACCCCAACGGCUUCAGCACGGUGUAUAGCAAGGCGCACACCGACGCGCCCCUGCUGUUCAGCGCCUUCAAGUACAAUGUGGGCUUCUGGCCGCCGGCAUUGGUUGCCCAGACGGGGAAUUUGGUGCUGUAUCGGAAUCAUGAGCGCGGCGGCCAUUUUCCCGGGUUGGAUAAUCCGGUGGCGUUGGUGGAGGAUUUGAGGGAGAUCCGGAGUUAUUGGAACUGA